CUGAUCUGGAAGGUCCGCUGGUGUCUGCAGAGAAAAUGAUAACUUCCAAAACAUUUAGUUUGUUUCUUCAAUACUAGAGGAGAAAAAGUCUUUCAUCCUUUGGUGAUGUAUCAUCGUGUUUUCGUGGUUGCCAGUCUGCUGUCCUCUUAUAUGGGUGGAACCCCUGCUCAUAGUCAGCCAGUGCAGGUUCUUGCCUUUGCUGGUGGAGAUGUUAUUCUACCAUGCAGAUUCAAUAUCUCUGACAAGGAAGACUUUCCGACUGUUGAGUGGUCCAAGGAAGGCUUGAAGCCAGAUGUUGUCUUCUUGUACCGGGAUGGUUGUGAGGCCUACGAGAUGAAGAAUCCAGCCUUCGAGUACAGGACGAGCCUCAUCAUGAAAGCGCUCAAAGAUGGAAACAUCUCAUUACGGAUCUCCAAUGUGCAGGUUUCUGAUACUGGAAAGUACCAAUGCCUCACAUUCCAGAAAAAUGUCGCCAGGAAGGUUACAACAGUGGCGCUGGAUGUGGUGGCCGUUUCUGAGCCAAAGCUUUCAGUGAUUUCAGCGGAGGGCAGUGACAUAGCACUGCAUUGUGAAGCAAACUGCUGGCUGCCAGAGCCUGAGGUAACAUUUCUGGAUGACAAUGGAAACAACAUCUAUGGGGAAAACCCCAAAGGAGAACAAGACGCCCAUGGAUGUUUCACUGUGACACAAAGAGCUACUCUGCAAAGAGCCACCAGCAGUGUCACCUGCAGAGUUCAUCAACCACAGUUUUACCAGACCAGGGAAACAACGAUCCUCAUAACAGGUGUCUGCAUGAAGUCUGAUGUUCAAACUAUUGCCAUCGCCAUCGGAGGAACAGCUGUGUGUUUCUUAGUUGCAGGUGGCUUCAUUGCCCUUUUAUGCAACAAAUGCUUCAGAUUUGCUAUUGUAAAGCAGCCAGUCAACAGAAAGCCAUUGAAUCAAAGAUUUGUCCAACCAACGAGAGUUAACAGCACAGACAAUUUGGUAAAUGGCAGCACUGGGCAGAUGAAAAGAGAGUUGGAGUUUUUUAUGGAAGAUGAGACCCGAAAACUACAGGACAACAAAGUUAUUCUCUACAACAGUGGAACAACUGUCCAGUGCCAUUCCACAACCACAGCAGACAUUUCAAAACCCUCCAAACUAUUCUUAACUCAUGGCCCUGACAACAAAAACUUGACCAGUGUGCACAAUCCAAACUCAUCUUCAGCUUCAACCAGCGUUAACACUCUAAAAUCUGACAACUUACCCAAAAGCUGGGGUUCAAGCUUUGCUAUCAAUAGGCAAAACAGCUUUCCAGCACCUGGCCACCGAUCUCAAAGUAAGCACUGCAUUUGCAGCAGUCCAGAUAUUUUCCAACUACAUUCAGCAACAUCCAACUCUUAUUCUGCUCUCAAUGGGUAUCUGACCUAUUCCAGUGUCUCACCCCAUCAAAGCACCCGCCUUCCUCAGCGUAGGCACUCAGUACUUCCACAGUUAGCAGAAUGUAAUAACCGUCACAGCCUCCUGAGAAAUUUACCUGAAGAAGAUGAACAGAAAAGUUUAUUAAGACAUGAAAAGUAAAGGAAAUGUAAGCUGUACAUUGCAAGCAUAUGUGCAUGGCAAGACAAUACUCACUUGGUUCAAAUGAUUAAAACUCCUUAACUGAGCAAUAACUAGGAGCUGAAAUUUAACACCAGUGAUGGAAGCGAUGAGUAGGAACUUAACAGUCAGCUUCAGUGUCUGCUGUGAUGUAAAUGUUGCACUUGUUUUUGUGGUGCCUCAGUGUUGCCCCUGGAUGAUCUACAGAAGGUGGUUGGGAAAAAGGAGAGCUGGGCAUCUUUGUUUAGACUGUUGCCUCUGGGCCUGGAGUCAAAUAAGCAGAAAAAUGGACAUAUAAUUUGAAAAGAACUGAGCCAGCCUGGUGGUUUACCUGUGUUUCUAGUAUACUAAGCUAACUUGAUACAGGUACAGGCUUGUCCUUUGAAUGUUUUUUAAUAUUUAGCAUGAUUUCUUUUCUUUUUUUUUUGGCAAUACCAGUCAUAAAAUGGGACCCAACCAUGAUGUGUGGUGCUUGUGAUUCUGUUGCUUAUAUAUAGAAGGCUCUUUCUUUUAACUUUUAUAUUAAGGAUUGGGGCUAGUUUGUAUGUUAUUGUUUGUUUUGAGGGGAAGAAAAAAAAAAGUUCUUUGUUAACAUUGUUAACACUUUGUUAACAUACAGGAGUGUCUUUUCCAAUAAACCGAAUAAUUUUACUUCACUUUCUUCUUUCACUUUCAAGCCUUUUUUUGCUUGUUAUUGUAUUUUUGUGCAUAGUGUUACGUAUUAAUGCGUUUGAUACAUUAACCUUUUUGUUCUUCAAUUAAAAAUAUUUCCAAAUAUCUUUUUGCAUAAACUGUGCAAAUGGAAAUUGAUGUCUUUGUAUUUUUAUAAUUGAAACUUUAGACAUUGAGCUCUGUGUCAGUAGCUGAUGUAAAAGAAAAUGUUUCUGUUAUCUUUAAAAAAAAAAAAUCCAAAUGAUAUCAUUAUUGUUUGCUAAUGUUUUGCACAAGGUCAUUUGUGCCUUUGUUUCCUGCCUUGAUUAUUCCAGUGUUCUUUCUGCUGGCAUGAAUCAGAGCUCAUUUCACUGACUUCACUUUAUACUGAUGAAAUGCUUUUAUCGCUGCCCAGAUUUUAACUGUCAGAUGAUCACACCAGGAACACUAACCCAGAUGUUAAGUGUUUAUUUAUUUUAUUGUAUUUUUUUGUAUCUAUAAUGUAUAUUGAUGUAAAUCUUUAGUGUUACUUUUAUGUCUUCAACUGUCUGUGUAUGGUUGUUAUUAUUAUUAUUAUUAUUAUUAAAAAGUUGUAGUUUGUAAAGUUUGUAGGACAUUUGUUGAAUUUGCACACACUGACGACAAAGACUGUACCCAUUUGUGUUUGUGUUUUUCAAUGUAUCAAAGUCUAAACUCUCUUAGGCAAUGUUUCUUCUAAUUUCUUUGGGUAGUCUUCAAGAAUACUCUCCAGGCUUCCUGAAGGCCAUUUAAAGUCAAAUAUAACCACUUGCACCCGUUCAUAUGUUUUCCCAACGCAUUGUCAUGUGACUUGUGUUAUCCGUGUGUAUAUAUUCGGAUUGGAGCGCCCUCGUGUGCAGGAAGAAAAUGUUCACUCACACUCACAAAUAGAAAGAAAGAGAGAAAAAAGGUCAAGCCCUCAAGUGGCAAGUUCAGUCCAUUGUGUGUCCACUGUGUUACAGUUAAACUGGUAGCACUUGCUCAUUUUAUUUGUUUUAUGUCCAUUAAACCAGCAAAU